AUGGCUGGCGACAACGACCUGUCCAUCACCAGAGAUGGUACAGUGAACCCACCCUCUGAAAACAUCGAGCCGAAGCGUGCCACGGAGGACAUCUCGCAUAUCGAGCGUGUCCUAUCUUCAGACAGCAAUCAUGCCGAGGAGAAUCUCAAGGGCCAAAUGGACCUGUCGCGUGUUGACAAGGAGGUCCAGCAAUACGCAAGCAUGGGCCAAAUCGAGAUUGACGAGGAGACCAACAAGAGACUCUUGAGAAAGAUUGAUCGUCGUGUUCUUACCUUUAUGGUUGCGACCUAUUUCUUGCAAGCAAUUGACAAGGGCACGUUGUCUUUUACCUCGAUCAUGAACAUUCGUCAGGAUACCCAUCUUGUAGGGCAACAGUACUCCUGGCUCACAACAUGUAUCUACAUUGCCGUGCUGAUUGUCGAAUACCCGACCAACUGGGUCAUUCAGCGAGUGCCAAUUGCAAAGUAUCUCGGCGUCAACGUCAUUUGCUGGGGCAUUGUUCUUGCAUGCCAUGCUGCGUGCACCAAUUUCACAGGCUUGGUCACUGUUCGAACUCUUCUCGGUAUAUUUGAAGCUUGUUGUCAGCCUUCGUUCGUCAUUCUGUCGGGUAUGUGGUAUAAGCGAGAAGAGCAAGCUGCCAGGGUCUCGUAUUGGUACAUGAUGAACGGCGGUCAGCAAAUCGUCGGCGGUCUUCUUGCCUACUGCUUCAGUCUAAUCGGUAACCACCACGCCAUCAAAUCCUGGCAAGCCAUCUUCCUAACCUACGGCUGCAUCUCCGUGCUAUACGGCCUCGUGCUCAUCACCUUCAUGCCGGACUCGCCCAUGCGCGCAAAAUGCUUCACCGAAGAAGAAAAGCACCUCAUGGUCGAGCGUGUCCGAAGCAACCGCACAGGUCUGCAGAACCGCGAAUUCCGUGCCUACCAGGUCAAGGAAGCCCUUCUUGACCCUCAGACAUGGGGUUAUUGCGCUAUUCAAAUAUUCACUACGCUGCCCACUAGUGGAUUAGGUUCCUUUGCCAAUAUCAUCAUCACCUCGUUGGACUUUACGGUCCUGCAGACCCAGCUUCUUGCCAUGGUACUCGGGGCUUACAUUAUUAUUGUGCUUUUGACUUCGACUUGGCUUGUGAACCGAUACCACCAGAAUCUCCUCGUGAUGGCGGCAUAUCUGAUUCCGUCAUUCGCCGGGACCAUCGUCCUCAUGACAGUCGUCAAUCACAACAAAGGAACCCAAGUCGGCCUCCUGAUUAGCUACUACCUGACUCUCUCCUUCUGGUCCGCCCAAACCCUCACCUUGAGUAUGGUCUCCCGAAAUAUCGCCGGCCAGACCAAAAAGGCCUCCGUCGUAGCAGCCACGUUCAUCGCCUGGGCAGCCGGUAACGCCGUUGGCCCUCAGGUGUUUUUGGCACGCGAUGCUCCCCGGUACUUUAUUGCUUUCAGUGUGCAUUUGGUCUGUUACUCGCUCAUGCUCAUCUCAAUCUUCGCCUUGAGAUGGUGGCUCAAGCGUGAAAAUGCUAGGAAGGAGAAGUUGAAGGCGGAGCUUGGGGAUGAUCCUAAUAUGGUCCAUGCUUUUGAGGAUCGGACUGAUAGGGAGAAUAUCCACUUCCGCUAUGUCUACUAG